CAUUAAAAGUGAUUAUUUUCUCCGAAAACGACUGCUGUGGCUUCGCGAUUCGACGGAAAAUAUUGCUUGAAACGGUGCAAAAUAUGUAGCCAGGUACGGUGCUUUCUGCAGCGCCGGUGCACCGCUUGCGAUUGGUGAUAAAUGUGGUCCCGGGUUGAUCGGUUCGGUGAAGAAAAUCGCGAAUGAAAAAUUCGAGUGAAACUAGCGAAAAAUUCCCAAUCAACAAUGGCGGCGACCAUCUUCUCGUCGCAGUCGCAGUCGCGGUGGUCGCUCGAAGUCAGAACGAAGUGUGAGCUGACCAGUGGAAGCAAUUUCGAUUAUUUCAACUACCGGUCGCUUCCACGGUCCGGGUUGGCCGCUGUGGAGCAACAACCGUUGAGAGUGUUUCUAUUGCAAGAGCAUUGAAAAGUACGCGAGGCUGACAGAAUAUAUCAACAAAAAAGUGUUUUCAAAUUGUAUGAGCCGGACGUCAGUGAAAAUAAACUGCAGAAGACAGUAAUAAUUUUAGAAGAAAAACAGUUGAAAGUGAUUGUGGAUGUAAAUUUAUUUACGAUUGUGUUUUUCAAGUACCAAAAAAUUGCUUUUUUGCAUUUUUUCCGUGAUUGUGUUUUGCCUUCUUUGCUGUGUUCUGUUUUGCUGAAAAAGCUUGGCAAGAGCUCUAAAAGGGCAGCGAAAGUGACCUCUUGAAAGACAGGAAUCCGAGUAUGGAUCCGGAGCAAAUAAUACUGGAUGAAGAUUUUGACGAUGGGUCAACCGAUGGAGGCUAUGGAGAAUAUGAUUUCAUGCAGCAGGAUCAAGAUGCACUUUCGGUUAACACGCCGCUAGAUGCUAUUUUAGAUCCUUCUACUACACCGAUCUCCUGCCAAUCUUCGCCAAUCGAAGAAUCGUUGGAGUUGCCACUCCAGAUCACGGCAACCCCGUCGAUUGACGUUGGCAGUGUUCAGCAGUAUCAAUCCCAGCAACAGCAGCAGCAACAAUUAUCAACAUCAGCACCCGGGCACCCGAGUCGGCUCUUAUCACUCCCUGUAACCGGGCGGUUUGGUCUCGGCGGAGGUAAACCCUCGGCCGCGGCUUUGCGUCGUGGGCCCGGGCGACCUAAGAAGGACUUUCUCCCUGUACUAAAGAUGUCUACUAACAGCACCACAACUUCCGCCGGCUUGGGAGGUGUUUCUCCCGUGUCCUCCGGUUCGACACUUAAAUUCAGCGGCGGUUUAUUGACCGGAGGUACCGGUGUUGGUGGCAGCGGUUUGGAAACGAAACUUAUCAAAAGAUUUAAGAAUACUAAUGUUAACGUUCGUGGUAGUGUUCCUAAAAGGAAAUUGGAUCAUUUUUCGGGUAUCACCAGCCUAGGCAGCGAUGUUUCCGGAGGUCUGACACCGUUUGUGUUACCUUCACCGAGCGAAGAAACUGCGGCUGGAAGCACCGCCAACAGUUCGGUUGCCUCAACUCCUACGGCGGAAAUCGAAACCGAUCCAGCACUACUCAUGCCGGCUCCUGAAGAAUCGCCCUAUUUCCCAGAAAAGUAUUCGGGAAAACUGUGUGCUUUGUGUAAUUUGGGUGAACGGAGCCAACUUGGACAGGGGGAAAUAUUACGGAUUGAAGUGAAGGACGAUGCGGAAAAGGCUCUUGCUGCUGUUGUCCAAUCUCAAGAGGAGAAAAACCCUUCGGAUAGUAACGGUGAUAAGAGUCCCAAAGCCGGGAGUAUCGCUUUGGGGGUACCACCACUGUUGAACUGCAACAAAAGACAGAAAGGAUUGAACAAGUGCAAAAACCCAGUCAUAACCGCAGAGUACGUAGACGAAUUGGAAAAAAUAGGACAUGCCGACCCAGCGGAGUUUAGUGCCAUCAAUGAUGGCGGAUUCUUUUACAUUCAUCGUUCCUGUGCCAGCUGGUCUUUUGGGGUUGGCCGGGAUCCCUCAACAGGAGCUUUAAGCAAUCUGGAAGUGGUUGUUGCGCAGAGUUUGAGUAAAAAGUGUUAUUUCUGUUCGCGUUACGGAGCAAGUUUAUCAUGCAAGAUGUCUUGCCCAAAGUCAUUCCAUUACCCGUGCAUUGCGGCAGCCGGCGGCUUCCAGGUCAUACAAUCGUACAAUUGCUUCUGCAAGGAGCAUCUCGGACAAGUGCCUUUAGUGUGUACGGAUGACAUCAACUGCCGGCAGUGUUCGGCGCUGGGCGAUGUUGGCAAUUUAAUAAUGUGUUCCAUCUGUGGCGAUCACUACCACGGGACGUGCGUUGGACUAGCGCAGCUGCCGGGAGUACGGGCGGGCUGGCAGUGCGCGUCCUGUAAAAAGUGCCAGAUCUGUCGUGUGCCUGACUCAAGCGAAGGUCGAACGGUGGCCUGCGAGCAGUGUGAUAAAAUUUACCACGCCAGCUGUUUGCGGCCGGUGAUGACCUCGAUUCCAAAAUAUGGCUGGAAGUGUCGAUGUUGUAGGGUGUGUUCGGACUGCGGCUCGAGAACUCCUGGCGCAGGGGCGUCCUCUCGGUGGCAUGCACACUAUACGGUUUGUGAUUCAUGCUACCAACAGCGGAACAAAGGAUUUUCUUGUCCCAUAUGUCAUCGUGCCUAUCGAGCUGCCGCUCACAGGGAAAUGGUCAAAUGCAGCGGCUGUAAUAAGUUCGUACACAGUACGUGUGAUCCGGAGGCAGACCUGUCGGUUUACCACGCUAAAAAGGAAGGUAACCCAGACUAUGAGUAUCUGUGCAACCCAUGCAAGGUGGCUAUCCACACGGGACGAAUCGCAGCGUUGCGGAGGAACAGUAGUAUUGACGAUGACAGUAUGUCGGCUUCGCAGGAAAGUUUAAAUGACGAUACGAUGGAUGUUGAUUUUGAACCAAGAGAACGAAAUGUCUCACUGGACAUCGGUUUAGGAAAAGGCAAACCUUACGUGGCUAGUAAAAUCGCGAAGAAACGAUUGGGUCUCUCGCUAAGCGGAAGUAGACCAAAGGGGACGGGUAAAGGAUUCCAGAAACGAUCACGAUUAGCAGAUUUUAGCCGUAAACGUGGACCUAAAGCGAAAAUGCGAGGAAUUUUUGGCGUUCCCGGAUUGGGGUUACAGAGGCCAACAGCGGAUUCGACAACUACCAAAGCUUCUGAAGAGGAACCUGGGGGCGACAAUCGGCUUGUGCUUUGUUCCGCGAAAGACAAGUUUGUUCUCACGCAGGACAUAUGUGUGAUGUGCGGGGCAAUUGGUACCGACCAGGAAGGGUGCCUGAUAUCGUGUACCCAGUGCGGCCAGUGCUACCAUCCCUAUUGUACCAACGUGAAGGUGACGAAAGUUAUCCUGCAAAAAGGAUGGCGCUGUCUGGAUUGUACAAUCUGUGAAGGAUGUGGUCAAAGAAAUGACGAGGCUCGGCUUAUCUUGUGUGAUGAUUGUGAUAUUUCGUACCACAUCUACUGCAUGGACCCUCCCUUGGAGCAGGUUCCUCAAGGCAACUGGAAGUGUAAGUGGUGUGCUGUUUGUACCAAGUGUGGUUCGAACGAUCCGGGCUUCAAUAGUAGCUGGCUCAACAGCUACUCUGAGUGCGGCCCUUGUGCUAGUCAAGCAAGUUGCCCUUACUGUGGUGAAGGCUAUGCCGAAGGAGAGCUGAUAAUCCAAUGCAACCAGUGCGAGCGAUGGUUACAUUGCGGUUGUGAUCAAAUCAAGUCCGAAAACGAAGCCGAACGGUGUGCGGAGGAAGGUUACAACUGUUUGCUUUGUCGACCAGCUGAUCAACCGCCGCCACAUUUGGUGUCCAAAAGGAGGAGCCUUUUGCCGGUUAUGGUUCCUACGCCAAAAUCUACACCCAGACUGGAAGAAAAAAUAAUUCCUUUGGCAUUGGAAGGAAAUCACUAUGUGGAUGGGGUGUGUCUAAGUGAACAUGGUUUGCAACAGAUAAAGUCACUACAGGCGGAAUUUGGCAAGCGUGGCAAGCGGAAACCGAAGAUUCAACUUGAGCCACCGUCGACAGAAAAAGACGCGGGGAUUCUCGCAGCGAUCGAAUCGGUUAUCGCUGGCAGUAGUCUUGAUAAUUCCUUCGAUGAUGUGAAGGUUGAACCCCUGGACCCUCGGGAGGAAGCGGAAAUCUACAAGGAUGGUAUGAUAUGGAACGAUCCGACACCACCGGAGGGUUUUGCUUUAUUCACCAACGAACACGGAAUUGUAGUUCUACGCAAAAAACGCCAGCGAAAUUUGCAGAAACUCGGCAUAGGUGGAUUUUUCGUGCGGAAUCGAGCUGUCCGCACUAAGGAUGGCAAAGAGGAAGAAGAAAUGAUCGAUGGACUAGUGCCGCAAUUGGGCGAAGAGGGACCUGUGGAUGCUGCAAAACCGAAAAAGAAACCGAUUCGACGGAAGCAAAAGAACAAAUUGAUUGAGAUUUACCCAACGAUUCUUCAGGAUGCCUUUUUUGGACGCUCGCUACUGAGUUCAAAUGCAACAGCUAAAUUUGAGGUCAAUGAGAGUGACGAUGAUGUGAAAAGCGAUGUUUCCGACGAUAAAACAAUCAAAUUGAACGCAGAUGAGCUUAGAUAUGUGGAAGAAUUGAAGAUCAAACAGGAGGAGAAACUACUUCAAGAACAGAAAGCUCUGCAGCAAUGUAUGGAAAAGAAUGAAUCUAAAGCGACUGAAGCUACAUCUGCUCUUACUAUGGAACCAGCUGCAGACAACGUUGCGAAUGCAGUCAAGACCGAAGAAGAUGACAACAGCGAUACAGAGGCACUGAAAGACGUUCUCGGAUUACCGAAUGACUUGAUCGAGGGAAUAAUGAUUGAUGAAGAAGAGUUGACAAAGACUUCUGCUGCUUUUGAUGAAUUCACCGCCGAAGGCGAAUUGGUGGACGGUCUCACGAAGACGAGCAAAAAUGAGCUGGCGGAUAUUCUUAGUUCGGAUUUCAACCUGGAAAACCUUGGUAAUAUGGACAGUAAAGAGGUGGAGGAAAUUUUCAAAAACGUAUUAACAGAUGAGUCACAGGAAUCUCAAGAAUCGGUGUUUGCCAGUUCGAUGACGCCGUACACGUCGAACACAUCUACACCCUCCCAUACGAUCGAUGUGACGAAGAAAGCCAUAUCUCAACGAUAUCUCAGCACCGGUGCACUGGGUAUUCAACAGUUGCCUCAUCAGCAGGGUCCACAGCAACAAGUUCAGCAAUCGGUCACUCCCACGGGUCAACCGAUGCUGACUGAUCCCUCACUCCAGCUCAAUCUCGGAAUACAGUCUCCCCAGACUCCGUUGAUCAAUCAAAUGGGCAUGCAAUCGCCUCAUAUCCAGCAGUCUCCUCAGCACCAGUCAAUGGGACCGAAUAUGAUGAUGCAACAGCAGUCGCCUCUCCAGCAGCAGCAACAGCCAACAACCCCAGGCACUCCGAUUCACACGAUACAAACCCCAACGACGCCUCAACCGCAUUUGCCGAUUAUGCCCUCUCAGCAUUUACAACCGCAACAGGGUCAAGUUCAGCAGCCACAGCAGAUGGUUAUCAAUUCCCAGCAGCAACAGCAACAGCAGCAGCAGCAGCAGCUUAACAGAGGGUAUUACACAAAUAACUUCCUCCCGCAAAGGAAUCAGUACAAUCCUUCGGAUCCGCAGCAACAGAUUGUUACUCAGCAAAUUAUUCCAGGGGUGCUUCCCCAGCAACAGCAACAGCAACACAUGCAACAGCAGCAGCCUCAACCACAACCACAAGGCCUCACACAAUGGAACCCUUCCCAACAACCGACGGUUCAAAAUCCAGGUUUACCAAUGACGCCUGGUCCGCCGUCGUCAGUGGGAGGAGGUCCCGUUACACCCACCACAGAAAUGACCGACAACAUGGGUCCUAUUGACGAUGGUAUAAGUGCACUUGCUGGUGCUUCCACAGCGCAGAAAAUAUCCGAGAGGAUGCGGUUGGAUGAACCUCUCGGAGAGUUGGCAACCAUUUCCUCCGUGUUGUAUUGUAACCGGCAGCAUCCGGAGCUGAAGAUUGAAUACCCAAAUUGGGCCGAUCGAAGCAAACAGAUAUUCAAACGUUGGCGGCUGCUUUCCAACGAACAAAAGCAGCCUUACUUGCAGCAGGCUCGCGAUAAUCGUUCUGCUAACCGGAUGAAGAAAUCCCAACAGGUACCACAAAUGUCACCUAAAGACGGCAAUAGUAAUAGUUCAGGUCAAGUGAAUGUUUUCCCUUCACCUUCCUCAUCAUCAUCAUCACAACCACCACUAUCAUCCGCCGUCGUUUCGCAGAGUGGCAGUGUUGCUGCUGAUUCCACGGGUUUGAUUGGGGCCGCUGAGCACCCACAGUUGAUGACCAACCCACAACAGCAGCAGCAGCAGCAACAACAACAGCUUCAAGUGCAGAUGCAACUCCAACAGCAGCAACUCCAGCAACAGCAACCGCCAGUUCUCAAAGCACAUCAGCAGCAGCAGCUAAUCGAGGAUCAAGACAAGAUAAGUGCCCAACAGAAGAGCAUGCGUGAGGCCGAGCAGGAACGGCAGUGGAAGCAGUUGCAACAGCAGCGGGCUCGAGAACAGCAAACUCAGCAGCACAUGCUUAUGCCAGAGCAGCGGAUUCAGGAUCCUUCCAUGCAACUGCAAGUAUCAACCGAUGGAUCUCCGAUGGGUUCAUUGGCUAGCCCUUCGCCCACCUCUCGAGCCCAGUUCGUGUCGCCUGUGAAUAAGAAUCGAAUGAUUCCACUUGGUCAGAACCCUCCGUCCAGCCCGGUUUCCAACUUUCAGCAUCCGGCGUUAUCUAACCGACCACUGCAGGUACAAAUGCAACAGCAGCGUCAACUGUCCGGUCAACAAAGGCUCAAUCAGAGUCCGUUCUCGCCACAAUCACAGCCCCCACAGUCACCACAUGAUAUGUUGCCGGGAUCGCCGGCCAGCCAAACUGGACUGGAUCCAUUCGCGAGGCCACCUUCGGAAGGUAUGCCAGAUAGUUACAUACAUCAUUCUCCGCAGACGCCGCGUUCUGUUGGCCAUCAAAGUCCGAUUCCCACACCCAAUCGUAGUCCCGCCUACACUGGCCAAUCAAUGCCAAAUCCUCAGGCAGCUAUGCGUAUUAACUUGGACACACCGUAUUCUCAAGCUCCAGGGACGCCCAGACCCCAAUUUCCAGGAGGAGGACAAGUUCGUCCAACUGUUUACGCCCGUCCUGGUGAUUUGUUCGGACCUUCACAGAACUCCCCUUUCACUUCUCCCCGAUCGGAUGGGUUUAAUCAACCCGCACAGGAAGGUAAUCGACAGCUACGAGAUUUACUUCAACGCCAACAAAUGCCUGCCCCCGGGUCUGGCCAAGUGAUAGUCCAGAAUCAACCAACCCAGCAGUCUCCACAACCAAUGCAACCAAUGUCUCCUUUCAUGGAUGAACAACAAUCGGCUGGGCAAGGUCUCCAAAUCCAACAGCAAAUUCAGCAACAGCAGCAGCAGCAGACACAACAAGUAACUGUUCAACAAGCGCAAUCUACUCCAAUGGACAAUGUUACUUUCCGACAGCCGUUGCCACCGAAUAUGAUGACUAGACCAAGACUUCAGAUACCAGGAGCUGUAAUACGAGCCCCUGGCGGAAAUAUGGUUUCUAUUCCAGGAGCGGGCCCAAAUGGUCCAGUUAUGGUGAAACAACAAAUAGUUCGCGCUGGUGGGGCCAAUCAAAUGGUAAUAACACAACAGAAUGUUAUUCAACAACAGCAAUUGAUGAGGCAACGCAUGCAAUUGCCUCUUCGCCCUGACGGUGGAUUCGUCGGACAAAUGCCUCAAAACGCAUCCCAGAUAAUGUCACAACAACAACAAACUCAGCACCCGAUCGGCCAGGGUGCACUUACAUCACAGACAGAUCAACACAAUAUUGCACUGUUGGCUCAAAGACUGGCCGGCGAGGGGGAAGCUCAUGCUUCUCCGGCAACCACCACUCCAACAGGCGCUCCUGUUGUUCAGUCAGGGGGCCCUUUGGCUCACACAAAUGCCCAAAAUCAACCCGGAGCGGAAGGUGCGUCCGAAAUUCCGGAUAGUGUCUCAGCGGAACUGGAAAAACUUGAACAAGAAGAUAACGCGGGAAUUGGUGAAGUGGAGGGUGUGGGUGAUAUCCUGGGUGGUCUUGGCGAUGAUGAUGACGAACUUCUGGAUUCAUUGACAGCCGAAAUGGGAGCGGAUUUCAAUAUUCUCGAAUACGCUGAUCCUGAGUUGGACACCACCGAUGGUGAAAAAUCCAAUUUGUUGGAUAGUUUGGAAUUGGACGAACCAGAGGGUGAAAAGUCGGAGGAUAAAGCGAAAGCUGCAGGUGAAGAACAGAUGAACAAGUCGGGACCAACGGAAAAGCCCGACGAUGCGAAUAAACCUGUAGUAGUUAGUAAUGUAUCUACCGCUCUGAGUCAAUCUUCUGUGAUGACAAAUCCGAUUGUAACGCAGCAGCAGCUGCCCACAGCCCUGAUCCAAGGACAACAAACGUUAGUAUCUCCACAGCAGCCGAUGCAACAACAUAUGACGCUGCAACAACAACAGCAACAGCAACAACCACAAAUUGUUGGCCACCAGCAAUCCACUCAACUUCAACAACUGAUCGCAGGCCAGCAAAUGUCAACUCAACAGCAGGCUCCCACGCAACAGCUCCAACAGCAGUUAAUUGCCGGCCAGAUGAAGGCUAUUCGACCGAAUAUGUUGACACCAGCACAUCUUCAACAAAUUCAGCAACAAAUGCAACAACAGGUACAACAGGCCGCGGCAAUGGGUAAACCAAUGGCGGUUGGAACCCAACUACUUUCUAAGGAAGGAGCUGUAGGUGUUGUUACGGCAAACAACACAGUUUCUGUGAGCGUUAGAACUGGUUUACUCAAUCAGUCUCGGAUUCAACAGUUGAAGCUAGGCCAUCCGGGCGGUUUAGUUCAACAAAAUCUUCUACAAGGGCAGCAGCAAACACGCAUAGUGCAUCAAAUCCAGGGUAAUCGGAUCAUUCAAACUGUGGCCAACCCAAAUACACCCGGGAAACCGCCAGGCACUGGACAGUCUGUGUUGCAUCAACAGCUGCAACAGCAACCGGCACAAUCAGGCACUGUCACGGUCCCUGGAGCUGGUCAGCCACAACCUCCUCCACCUCCAUAUCCGGAACCACCGCCACCAUACCCUGGGAAUCAACCCGGUGCUUUGCAAGGACCACAAACUGUCAAUCAGCAUUAUCAAAUAACGCCUACACCGCCGCCGCCGCUGCCGCAGCCACCACCGCAACCGCAAAACUUACCAUUACCACCAAUUUCCCCUAUUCCUCCGCCGAGUUUCACUCAGUACGGAUCGGGUGCGCUAUUUCAUCAACCCGCAGCAGGAGGGCUAUUGCCUUCGUCGUUGGAACGUAACCAUCCGACAAGGCAUCACAACAGCUAUCCACAUAGCAUAACAAAUUAUCAGCAUGGUGUGCCGACGCCUUUCAACAGCCACCUCAGGCGCUCGCUGUUGCUAAAGGAGCAAAGGUUGCUGUUGGAAGAUUUGCUGGAGCAGGAAAAGCGUGAGCAAGCUGGUCAGCUGGCGGCCAACGACGUGAACAAUCCCAACCUGCAAACGAAUAUGUUGAGUGAACAGGAUUUCGAAAGUCUGCUAAACAACCAACAGCAGCAACAGCAGCAGCAACAAAGCAUUCGUGUUGUGCAGCAAAAUUUGUUACCGGGCCAAACUCCUGGGCAAAUGGCGCCAUCACAGUUGCAGCCACAACAAGGACAGCCCCAACAGCAGUUGCCUCUACAGCAACAACCCCCAGGGCAGCUCCAAUCGCCGCUAGGUAACCAGUUCUUGAUGCAACAGCACCGCAUUACGUCCCAAUGGCGCCCUCAAACUCCGAUACCGGGUGGGGCGGUAGCAAACCUGAUAAAUCCGCUAAAUAAGGCGACCGGGUCGGUAACCCCUGGACCGAGCGGAGGUCAACCCUUAGUACAACCACCAGAACCAAUCAGUAAGCCCAUACCAAUCUAUCAAGCGAACCUGCAGCCAGCUCCACCUGUUCCACCGGAAAACAUCACAAAUGAACAAGAACGACAGAUUCAGAUAAACUACGAGAACUGGUUGAACCAGCAAAACGUAGCACUCACGAACCAGUUGAAGCAUUAUGAAACCGAAAUAGGGAAGCUUCGUAAGGUUAAGAAGCAACUGAAUACAAAGCAACGGCAAAUGAAAAAAGCUGGUGGUGAGCUUCCAGAAGCAGAUAUGAAGGAACUAACACAAAUUAUAUCCGAUCAUGCCAUAGUUCAGAAACAACUCGAUAAUUCGAGGAAACAGCAGCGACAGCAUACGGUACUGAUUCAGGAAUAUAAAACGAAGCAACAAGCGAAAAUGCAGGGAAAUAUGGCAACAGCGCCGGGAAGUUCUCCGGCGCAGAUCGCCCCUCCGUCACCUCUGAUGUCCCCUUCGCCGAGUUCACAGCAGAACUUAAUCCACCAGGCUCCUGCCCAAUCUCCAUUGAACAAUCCAAUCCUACAGCCAAGUCAAAGUCCACUGCAUUCUCCAGGACCGCUGAUGUCACAAAGUCCAGGUCCUGGAAGCGUGAAUUCAAUUAUGCAAAGCCCAAGUCACCACACCAAUUCAAACAGUGCAAUGUCACCAUAUAAUACAAUGCAACCAUCGCCUCGUAUCGGAACGCCCCAUUCGCAGGUUGCUGACGAUAAUCCGUUCAGCCCUGGUCCAUCGCCAUCUCCUUCGAUUCCAGGCAGGUUAACGUCCCCUGCGCCAAGAAUGACAUCACCCCAGCAUCGUGUGUCCGGACAGCAAAUGCCCCCAGGCCGAAUGGUUACCAGCCCGGGUGGUCAAUUUGCCCAACAAAAUAUCAUUGUACAAAAUCAGAUGAUGGCUCAACAGCAAACGCGCUUCAUUCGACCACAAAUCAUUCCCAAUGAUCCUAACAUAAGAAUGCGUGUAUCGAAUGUUCUCCAACAGCAACAGCAACAACCUCAGAUGAUGCAACAAGCGUCUAAUAUCAGACACAUACAAUCUGGGUAUCAUUCGCCACUAGGAAGUCCACAGCCUACUAUGUCGCCUGGUACACCUCAACAGCAACAACAACAACAACAACAACAGCAACAGCAGCAACAACAACAACAACUCCAACAACAGCAAAAUAUGCAAAUAUUACAACAACAACGGCUACAACAAUUUCAGCAACAAAGACAACAAAUGAUGCAACAACAACUCCAACAACAGCAAAUCAUUCAACAUCAACAACAUCAGCAGCAAAUGCAGCAAUCUCAAAUACAGCAUCAGCAACAACAGCCUCAGCAACAUCCUCAACUACAAAUGCAGCAGCAAAUCCAGCAGCAGCAGCAGCAGCAACAACAACAUAUACAGCAACAGUUGAGUCAGAUGCAGCAUCAGAGUCAACAGCAAAUGAAUUACGCCAAACAGAGUCCGGUCCACCAGCAACCGCCUUCACCUCUGCUGAGUCAAGGUGGUCCUAGUACACCUUCCCCCUCGCCUAUGCCCCAAAGCCCAAUGCACUACUAUCAACAGCAGCAACAACAGCAACAACAACCCCCGCAACAAAUGAUGCGUCGUCCACCAAGUGCGGGUGCUCAGAAUAUCGGCCCGAAUGCGAAUCAAUACAUUCAACAAGAUUCGGUUGAUGGGUCAAAUAGUGGCGCAGCCACCACCAGCGGUGGUGGAGGAGGAGGAGGCAUUAAUCAUCCGUCAAAUCCCAUUCCGAUGCUGCCUUGCUUCGGGAAGUAUGGCUAUAUCAAGCUUGGGCUGCGCGGGGGCUCCCCGAUGUGGGGCAAUGCGCGCGGCGGCUCAAAACAACAAACCAAUGCUCCUCCUAUGGGACAUCUCCAGCAGCAGCUGCUGCAGCAGAAGCAGCAAGGUGGGAGUAAGCCGCCUGGUCAGAUAGUAGCGGCGGCGGGGCCGGGGCCAUCAACAACGGGAGCGAGCUCCUCCAAUCCAGGUAGCAGUGAUGUCGCCGCCAAGAAAGCGGCUGCUGUGGCGAUGAUCCGAAAUCGGAUAACGAUCGUUCAGAAGCAGCAGAAAGGUGGUGGUGACCACCAAGGUGGGCCGCCGGAAGAGGUGGUUGUGAUUGAUAGUAGUCCGGACGAGAAGCAGAGGUUACUGGAUUACGAAGACGAUGGGGACAAGCGGCUGGUUUCUUCUUCGGAGGUGUCGUUGAGUUCGGUUGCGCAGCCCGUUCCUGAAGGGGACGAUAUAAUGGAUUCGUUUCGCCACACGGCGGGGUAUGAUAUCGGGGCCAGUCCGUUGGGCGCACAGAUUGUGGCUGGUGAUUACGAUUUGUUCGCUCAGGAUGUCGUUGUCGAUUGUGUGGAUAAUGGGAAGGAUGGUGGCGGUAAGACUUCGGGUGGAGAUGCCAUAAGAGCUGCAAUGGCGAUAAAAGAUGGUGAGCACUCCAAUGCCGCCGGAGGGAAGGUUAAGACAUCGCAAAAUAACGAACGGAAUAUUGCGACUACUGAGGAUUUUGAAGCCAUGAUCGAUAGUCGACCCAAAGAUGCCGAAGGCGGUGGUAAAUCUGAUGAAGAUAUUAGGGAUGCCACGGGAGGAGAGGAUGGGUUUAAAAUAGGUAUGAAAACACCUACCAAAGAUGCUACCGUUAUUUCUGUAGGGCUUCAGCAGAGCCCAAAGCCGAUAACUUAUCCGGGGCGUAUCGCCAUUCAGCAGACUUUGUUGCAAAAUCGCACCCCCAUAGUAACCGCAGUUUCGGCGGCUCACAAGAAACUCGUCAAGGAUGCUACCGAAACGACCGCAAAACUGUCUAUCGGGAACACGACGAUAUCGGUUCCGAUAUUGAAAAGUUUCCCACUCUCGGCGACUCCACCGAAGACAUCAUCCGAAGGUAUGUCCAAUCAGCAAAAAUCUUCCAUGCAAAGUCAGAAUAAGAAAAUUAUAAAUUCCAAUGCAGUCUCUCUGAGCAAUAUUAACAAAAAUUCCUCGGGAACCGUCAUAUCGGUCGCUGGUCAGAAAAUUAAUACCACAAACAUUGUGACGCUUUCAUCAUUGAAUUUGAGCCAAUCGCCCGCUUUCAUAACCAAAUCCUUCACACGAACAGGUCACAGUAUCACAACGCAUCAGCAACCAGCUCAAGGGCAGGCGCAAGCUUCAUCCCAAAUAAAAAUCCAACAAAUCAAGCAUGUAUCGACGCAAGGACCCGCUAAUAUGGUGACUAGUCACACACAACAGCAAUCAGCAAUCCAAUCGACUCAAGUCGAGAGUCUCAUUGUAAAAUCAAAGCCAAAAGCCGCAUCACCUAGCCUAAGCUAUGCGAAACUCUCAACGCUAACAGUUUCCCAAGAUACUUCGUUACCGACGAAAAUUUUCGAGGAUGAUUCGAUCUCACCGGAUAGUUCCAUCAGUCAGGAGGAUAUCGAUCAACUUGGUGUGGAUAAAAUCGAUUCGGCGAUGGAUGAAACGGCACGAACGGAUGGCACUGCGGAGGGGGGAGCUGAGAUUGUUCCCAUUGCUUCGCAUGAAAGCUCCAACGAUUCUCACUCGGGUGAGCUGAAGAAGCAGGGUGUAAUUCCGAUUCAUGUUAUCUCCAAGUCGCGAGAGAAUUCCAAAAGUCCCAUACUGGGACCGGUUGGUCAACGGGUGGUGGUGUCCGCUAUGCCCCAACUAUCGCCGUUGUCUCAGCCGAACGAGUUGACCAUGAAUGCGAUGAAUGUUUCCCAGCAAGUGCGCUCGAUUAUGUCGUCGAUUAACUCCUCCAGCGCCACCGUUGCAUCCGUUGCAUCCAUCAAUCAGUCCAAAUCGGACGCUUCCAUCAUUUCCACGGUGCCAGCUAGUAGUGGUAGCGCAUCAGGGACAAUCUCGACCAUCACAUUCGACACCGGAAAUCAUCCAACGAAGGGUGAUAAUAUGAGCAAACCGGAGACAAUUGCCAGCAUUCUGAAAACGGUUUCGGGAAAAACGAUCCUCCCAGCCGCGGCUGUUGCAAAUGCAUCCAAUGCGAGCAAAUCGGAGCAAGGCCAGUCAGGUAAUUCCAUCACGACAUCGAUUUCGAUGUCCGGAACGAAGCUGUUGAACCCCCAGCUACAAAUAGGACGUGUUUCGCCGGCUGUUUCUUCCGGAGGAAACAAUAUUCUGGUGGUGAAGCAGGUGCGGGCUUCGAUGCAGAAACAAACGAGUCAAAGUCAGGCACAGAAACAACAGCUCGUAGUGUUAGCUCAGCAGCAGCAACAGCAAAUGAAGAUCCAGCAGCAGCAACAGCAGCAGCAUCAAAAUCAGCAGUUUCAACUGCAGCAAACGACCUCACACCAAAGUGGUGGAGUGAUCAUUCAGGGUCAAUCUCGGAUUCAAGCUGCUGCGGUAUCAGAUAGUAGCAGCACGAGUAGCAUCGCCAGCAUUCUAAGCAGUACCUUACAGCAACCCCAGACCAGGAUAGUGAACAUCAGUGACAUCUCUACAACCAGCUGCCAACCACCGAAUGUUAUCAUUACGUCUCGUCCGGGGGUUAUCUCAUCCGCUGGAGGAGUCGGUUCGCAGGUAGUCAAUAGUAGCGCUGGGGCGCCCGUGUCUGUUACCACUAGCAUUCUUAGUGCAACCCUAUCUCAACCAAUGAAGUCAACAACACCAACGAUUUCCACCUUUCUGCAGAACCAACUGCAGGGCCCCUGUUUUCGACGAUCGAAAUCCACCGAUGAAGUUCCGGCUGGUUUUCUACGCGAGAUAUCCGGUCCCACGCUGGGCAAAAGGUUAAGUCUGGAAGCAUCCAAUCCGGUCAAAAGUGAGCCCGCAGACGGAACGGAUGAGAACAACGUUUCGUCCUCCUCGUCGUCCGUUGGGUCGAACACUAGCCUCGGAAGUGGGUGCAAAUUCUCGACCAUGUCAACCCCCUCAAGUACGAAGUCGGAUUCGGAUAGUCAGAAUGUUUUGCUUAAACAACUUCUUCAAAAUACAGGUUCGAGCUCGACACCGUCACCAACGCCACCAUCGAUCAACCGACCGGUGCCCAGUUUGAUCACCAAUCAACAACGGGCGCCGAGUUUGGGUGUCGUCAGUUCUUUGGAGGCACAGCUAGCGCGCCCGAUCAUCCCCCCGUCAGCGAAUCCACCGGCGAUGCAGAUUAUCAGUACCCAGGCGGUUACGGUGACAACUUCUAGCGCGGCGAACGUCUCCGAAGCGCAGAAAGUAUGCCCGUCCAAGGUGGUAUCCAGGGAAACAUCCUUCGUUUCGAAGCCUCCGACGGUAUCCAUCUCGGCUAGUCAUCCAACGCCAAAUCUCGCCGCUAACAUGCUUGCCGCCAGUAUGAAGAAGGAGGAAAUGUUGCAAGCGGCAGCUGCAUCUGCCGCCGCUGCUGUUAGUUAUGUGAGUCACCCCGUAACUGUUCAGAGCACGGUUAAGACGGAAUCCGGCCAGAUGACAGUGACCCAGAUUACGCAGAUGUCGCAUGCCGUGCAUCAACAGCAGCAGCAGUUUCAACAACCACAGCAACCGCAACAACAUCAACUACAACAACAACAUCAACUACAACAGCAGCAACAACAUCAACUACAACAGCAGCAACAACCAUCACAAACACAACCACAACAUCAACAGCAGCAACUACAACAGAUGCAACAACAACAACAACAGCAGCCUCAGCAACAACACUCACAACUACAGCAGCUGCAACAACAACAGCAGAUACAACAAUAUCAACAACAUCAACAACAACAACAGCAACAGAAACAACAGCAGCAGAUACAGCAACAACAGUUACAUCAACAACAGCAACAACAACAAAUUCAACUGCAGCAACAACAACAACAACAACAACAACAACAACAACAACAACAACAACAACAACUGCAACAGCAACAACCUUCUCAGCCUCCGCUUUCAUCCGACCCAACUGCCUAUAGCAUAAAGCGAGAGCCAACUUCGCUUCACGGCAUAACUGCCACACCCCAGGAUCAACUCUUCCAACACCCUCAGCAAAUACAAAAAUCAUCAACACCGACCGAUGUGAAACGAGAACCUCUGUUCGAGGAUCGUAUCGGUGGAGGUGGCCCAUCACCAGUGUUGAUGCCGUCCACCCUUCCGCCCACAGACACUGCCACCGCCGCCAUUAAGCAGGAAACGCCACAAGCCACCAUAGCAGCAACCAGCAAGGAGGAACAACAACCGAUGGAUCAGCAGCAACAGCAGCAGCAGAUACCGGAGGCCGGAGGUCCGGUUGCGGCAAAAACGGCGGCCGAAAUAGCCCACGAGCUGAAGAAAAAGAAACGCCGUGAGUAUCAGAAGAAUCGCCGCCAGCAGCAGAUCCUUUCGAACAAGGAACAACAGUCGCACCACCAGUCAAAGAAGAAACCACGGAAGUCGGCCAAACUGGAGGAGGACUACGACACGUACAUCGACAAUCUGAUGCUGCAGCUGAGGCAGCUGCCGCCGAUGCAGAUUCUGGAACCGCUGCUGCCGCGGAAUUAUGGCGUCUGUCAGCUGUUCGGGACGGGGGAUCUCGGCCGGUUUACCAAUGCGAAGGAUUACUCGAUCGCAACGGGGGAUUUGCGGGGUGCGUUUGGCAACGCACAGAUCCCAAAUGUUGCGGACUUUUACAACACGAAGCCUUUUGGUGUGAAAGAACCCCCGCCGGAGCCGGUUUCGGUGUCUACUCAGCGGGGUUUCUACGACCAGGAGUUCCCACCGAUCAAGUUCGAAACGGAGGAUCGCUGCCGGUAUGAUUUCGUGAAAGACCGCGAUCUGGACUCGCCGGAUACCAUAGUGAGUGCAUCCAGCCCGGAAUGCGUCCGCUGGGAUUCGCCAAUUCAUUUCCCCGGACUGAGGGUUAUCAAGGAAGAGAGCAGUGAAGAUGAGCAGACAACGGUUUCCAAGAGGAUGUCACCGGUUAUCCCCCUCGUAGCACCAAUACCCAUUCGGCUAAGGAAAGGGAUUUCGCUCGUUGCCGAUAAAAAUCUCACUUGUGUUUCUCCGGAAGGUAACAAGGAGAACGAGGGCGUGAAAGAAGCGUUGGGUGUCAAAUCUCGAUUUGGACCACCUACCCCCCUGAAGGAUUCAAGCAAUGUGACCGUCACGUUGACCCUCACAUCGUCGGCGGCGGAAGACAUCAUAGGUGUGCUACGAGAUCUGGCAAACAUUCUUGAGAUUCCACCCCCUAUGGCGUACCAGAUAGUGGAGCGAACGACGACCCCUCCCAGCCAGAAGCUUGGUUUGUAUCGAACCAAGGGACGGGAUGGGAAGGAGGGUGCCCCCAUCGAUAUUCAAACUAUUCUGAAUGGUGCGGCCAAAUUUUGUCGCCACUGUGAUGUCGUCAUUCUGAACACCCUGAUCACAGCUAAGCCAUCGGAAUUUCCACUACUAACCAACGGUGGUAACCACCAAGAGCUGGAAUCGGAGGAGCUGUAUUUCUGCAGUAAGGUCUGCUACCGACAAUUCCAGUGGCGCCCCACAAACAUCCUGGAGGAAAAGCUAGUGGGAGGCGACACAAGCAAACUCCGGGAAAACCUCGCUUCAAAGUUCGAUAUGGACAUAGACGACAAUCUUAGCUCGAAUAACGUUGACAUCAAACAGGAAAUGAUCGAUGACACCGACAUUAGUAUGACGAGUUUCAAAUCAAACGAUAGCCGAGAAUUCUCUGUAAACGAUCGCAAAAAGAGACUCGAUGAGGCCGACAAGGAGUCGUCUGGUCCCCCUCUGAAACAACUAAAAGGGAUCAAAUAUAAAUUCUUCAGCGCAAACAGUUUCCCCGUCGCCAGAUGCAAAAAACCCACCGAAAAGGAGAUCACCGAAACUUUGUUUCGGAUGAGCAUAACCGUUUCUCCGACGCCUAGGAUGCCUGAUGACACCCGACGGUGCAUUUUUUGUCACACAAUUGGUGAUGGCGUGGCGAAUGGUCCGUCGCGUUUGCUGAACUUCGACGUUGACAAAUGGGUUCAUCUGAACUGUGCUCUCUGGUCCGAUGGAGUGUAUGAAACGGUGAAUGGUGCCCUAAUGAACCUGGAAAAUGCCCUCCAGCAGAGUCUUAGCUCCGUGUGUACAUUCUGUAACAAUCUGGGUGCAACGAUUAAGUGCUUCAAGACUCGCUGCACCAACGUGUAUCAUCUCAGCUGUGCGAUGAAGGAUUACUGUGUGUUCUACAAGAAUAAAUCAACAAUGUGUCAAUCGCAUGCGUCGAAGACGGAGAAAGACUCCGAGCUGACCACGUUGAGCGUUCAGCGACGGGUUUACGUGGACAGAGACGAGAGCAGACAAGUCGCAUCUGUGAUGCACCAUUCCGAUUCGAGCAAUUUGCUGCGAGUGGGAAGUUUGAUCUUCUUGGGUGUAGGACAACUGUUGCCGCAUCAGCUGCAAAACUUCCACACGCCCAACUACAUCUAUCCAAUUGGAUACAAAAUUAUGCGCUUCUUCUGGUCAAUGCGUCGCCCUAACAAGCGUUGUCGCUAUGUGUGCUCCAUUGCUGACGUUUGUGGUCGACCCGAGUUCAGAGUACUCGUGCAGGAAACCGCCGAGGAGGAUGUCGAGCUGCGUGAUAUCACACCGAAGGCCGUUUGGCAGAGGAUCCUUGAGCCAAUGGCUACCCUCCGGAAGGAUUGUCAACUCGUGCAGCUUUUCCCGAGAUACAUCUCCGGGGAAGAUCUGUUCGGGCUGACCGAGCCAGCCGUUGUUCGCAUUCUGGAGAGUCUUCCCGGCAUCGAAACGCUAACGGAUUAUCGCUUCAAGUACGGUAGGAACCCGCUGCUGGAACUCCCGCUGACAAUAAAUCCAUCGGGUGCGGCUCGGACGGAGCCGAAACUGAAACAGUCGCUAAUUUGGAAGAAACCUCACACCCAGCGGACAGGACCUCCGGGCCAGAGGCCAUCGUUCGUGCCGGCUAGUUCGCCAGCCGGGGAAGUGGCCUGUCCCUAUAGCAAACAAUUUAUACAUUCCAAAAGUUCACAGUACAAGAAGAUGAAGCUCGAGUGGCGAAACAAUGUGUUUCUGGCGCGCUCGAAAAUCCAGGGAUUGGGUUUGUACGCGGCGCGGGAUCUCGAAAAACACACGAUGGUGAUCGAGUACAUCGGGGAGGUCAUUCGCAGCGAAGUGGCUGAUUUGCGCGAGAAGCAGUACGAAGCGAGGAAUCGCGGCAUCUAUAUGUUCCGAUUGGGCGAGGACCGUGUGGUGGACGCGACACUAUCGGGUGGCCUCGCACGCUACAUAAACCACUCCUGCAAUCCAAACUGCGUAACCAAUACCGUUGAGGUGGAACGGGAAAUUCGCAUCAUUAUCUUCGCUAAGCGACGAAUCAGCCGGGGCGAGGAGCUGUCGUACGAUUACAAGUUUGACUAUGAGGAUGAUGCACAUAAGAUUUCCUGCAUGUGUGGUGCCCCCAACUGCAAGAAAUGGAUGAACUAAGAAGUGGAUCGCCGUUAUCGAUAGCGGAAUUAUAACCUAAAUAUGGCAGGGCUAUUUAUAUACCAAUUGUGUACUUUUUUUUCCAUUUUUAGAUAUAUUUUUUUGUUCGGCGAACAUUUGACCGACGGAGCUGAUUUAUUUAGUUAAUAACUUGUUAAAUAUGUUUUAUUCAUCUAGAUUUAGACCUACAAUUAGGGCAAAAUGUUUGUUUCCAUUAGAGACUAGCAGUGGCGUAUUUCAAGAAAACCUAGUCUUAAGCGAAAAUAAACUAGUAGAACAGGA